AUGGUGCAGAAGUGCGGCUAUCUACCAUUAGCAAUAUCAGUAAUUCGAGGGAUCUUGAGGAAAAAGGCAUCUUUAGAUGAAUGGACAGUAGUGAAUAAAGACAUUGACUCUUAUUUGGGAAAAGAAGGCUCUGAUGAGGAUCUAAAGAUAGAUGCAGUUGACAUGUAUUUCACAUGGUUGGCUGAAGGAAUAAUUUUGCCGAAGAAACAAUCUGGAAGAGAAGAGACUGCAGGGGUAGUUGCAAAACAAUAUUUGCUCGAGUUGGUAAGUAGGUCCAUGGUUAUUGUUGAACUCGAUGAGUUUACUGCACCAGGAUUAUUAAAGUACAAGCAUUGCUAUCUUCAUGACCUUAUGAGAGAACUAUGCUUAAUGAAGUGCUCAGAAGAAGACUAUGUCAAGGUUGUGGAUUUUCAAGGUGGAAGGCAACCGGUGUUAGAAUGUUUUCCUGUUAUUAUGGAUGACACUACCACUUUCAACACAUAUAGACUGGCUAUCCAUACAGAUGGAAACUUUAAAGGUGAUGCUAUAGGAAAAAUUAUAGAACGACUCUCACCACGACUACGUUCCAUUACUUUUACCGAUAUGAGUCAAGGUGAAAAUUUUUCGGUAGAUAUGGCAUGGACAUCCUCUGAAAUAUUCAACAGUUGUAAGAUGGAUGAGUUGCCAUUACAAGUACUUAACUUGCCCUUUUUACAGAGCCUAAAUCUUGAAGGGUCUGUCUGGAUGAAUCCUACUAAAAUACCAAAGCUAGAUGUAGUGUGGAAAGCAAAAAGAUUGAGGCAUCUCCUCUUUCCUGGUAAUAGUGCGAAAAUGGUUGAUCAAGGAAAAUUUAGAUUAUGUGGAUUAGUUCAGCUGGAGGUAAUAACUGAUUUCGACACCAAUACAAUGGAAGUUGCAGAUCUUCUUGAACUGAGUAAUAUUCAACAGUUUUCUGCAACAAUUUAUGGCAAUGAGAGCCUUUCUUUAAUCCUCAAUUGCAUCGAGGUCAAUUGGCCCAAUAUAGGGCAUGUGUUGCUUGCUAUCUACAACUGUAAUUUUACUGAAAAUGAAAGUGGGACCAACUCUAAUCUUGUAAGGAAGGUUUUCAACUGUCGCCACCUUAUGGAGUUGAUGAUUGAAGGGAACCUAGGCAACAAAUUACCUAGGUACGAAACAAAUUUGGCUUCGAGUCUGAGACGUUUGGCACUGUUUGGAUCUGAGAUCGUAGAAGACCCCAUGAAAAUUUUGGAGAAACUCCCCAACUUAAGAGAACUUCAACUGCUGAUGAAUUCCUUUAUGGGCAAAGAAAUGGUUUGCCACAACAUGGGGUUUCCUAGUCUCACUAACCUUUCCCUCAAAGGACUGCACAAUUUAGAGAAGUGGAGGAUUGAUGAAGGAGCUAUGUGCAAUCUUAUGAAACUUGAGAUCAGGAAUUGUAAAAAGUUGAAUAUGACUCCAAUUGGAUUGAGAUUCAUCUCAACAGUCAAGGAACUUAGUACCGCUGACAUGCCUGCUGAAUUUAUUGAAGAAUUGCAACAGUUGAUGGUCAAGUAG